AUGUUGUAUAAAAUUAUUUCUGGGCUUUAUGAAAUACAUAAAUUAAAUCUUAUUCACUGUGAUUUACAUGAUGGCAAUAUUUUAAAUCACAACAAUGAAAAGGAUAAAGAUGAUUUAGAAAAUGAAGUUGAUAAUAAUUUAGUUUUUAUUAGUGAUUUAGGAUUAUGCCAACCUGUAAAAUCUUCUUUAAAAAAAGAUAAUAUUUAUGGAGUCAUGCCAUUUAUGGCACCUGAAAUUUUAAGAGGCAAACCUUAUACUCCAGCUAGUGAUAUAUAUAGUUUUUCUAUGAUUAUGUGGGAAUUUACAUCUGGAGUUCCACCAUUUAAUGAUAGAGCACAUGAUCUUUAA